AUGAAUCGACCAACUGUUCCUCUUAUCAAUAUUUUAAGACGAACAAACCUUCAAAGAAAUAAUUUAAUAAUAUUCUCAAGACAUUCUUUUAUUUAUUCGAGAAUUUUUUCUACAACAAAAAAUUCUAAUACAAAUGAAAUUACUAUUACGAAUAGUUCUACAAUUGAAAAAUAUAAACAAGCUUCAAAUCGGGAGGCUACUUGGUCAAAUAGUCAAAGAACAAGAACGGAUGCUAUGAUAGGUCCUCGUUUUGAACAAGUAGAUCUUGAAGCACAGCCGAGGCCUUUAGCGGCGAUUGAAUUAGUUGCUGAAGAGCCAAUUCAUUAUGUAGAAGGAAGAAUAGCUGUUUGCCAUGGAGGUGGAGGUGCUUUAGGCCAUCCACAAAUUUAUAUAAACUUGGAUCAACCGGGAGCUCAUUCUUGUGGAUACUGUGGAAUAAGAUUUGAAAGAAAACAUCAUCAUUAA